AUGAGAAAAGAUUCAAAACGCAAAAAAAGCAAAUCUUCGAAAAUAGCGAAAGACACCGAAAUAUCAGCACAUAGGCAACUAUGGGCUCAGUGCGAUUUGUGUUCCAAAUGGCGGAGGCUGAAACAGGACUAUUCUUUAGACUCUAACGCAACUUUCGUGUGCUCAGAUCUUGAGGGAUGGUCGUGCAAAGAUCCAGAGGAGAAUGCCGAUGGCCUCCUGGAUGCGGAGGAACAUGACGCUAACGACAGUUCGGGUGUGAAGAGGAACGCGAAGAGAGGAUAUGCAGUGUGUCCUUCAUGCAAGUCGAUCGUUGAGAGAGGGAAGGGUGGGAGAGAAAAGCUUACUAGGGUGCUGGAAAAACAUUUCCAUGCAUCUCCCCUUUGCCGGCCAAUUGACAAAACAACGCCUCGCAUUGUUGCAGCUAUUGUGCUAGAUCUAUCAGACCGGUUGCCUUACAGAGCAGUGCUGCGCAAGGAUUUGAAGUUGUGGGACAAAUUCACAGAAAAGUGCAGAAGCUGCGCUUCCUUCUCAGAAGCUACUCGACAGCUGCUCUGGCUUUACCGACAACUACGAUCCGAGGUUUUUGAUCCCAGCUGGAAUGCAGAAAGAAGACAGAAAUUUGUCUCUGACUGCGAAACUUGCGAUGAUGCGUCCUUUUCCAUCAAAUUGACACAACAGCUUGAGUUGGAGGCGAUAGAUUGGAAUGCAGUUCACAAGCUUUGGGCUGUUGAACGACCAGGACAUGAAGCAGAAUCAGUAGAGUCAGCGGCGAAGGAGGUUCCGUCAGACGAUGAAACUCUACAAGGUCAGAAGAAACGUAAGAACAGUAGACGAAAGCGGUUUGUUCCCCGCAAGCGGAUCCGGGUUAGAUCGUCCCAGAAGGGCUCAUCGAAUGCUUCGGUCGAUACUCCUGAUGGAUCCUCUGGCAAUCAGGAUGACGAGGAAUACCAGACUGAGAACAGUGACAACGAGCAGUUUGAAAUCUUUACAUCUGAAGGAGUGGGUAAGGGAGAGGAAGACGAUGAGCAGGAUGAUGAAGAUUGUGUGGAUGUCAAGGAAUCACCCAAUCACGAUGACAGUUUUCACAAACAAGAUGAACCAGCAGAAAGCGUGGCUGGUACAUUUACCGACUCUGAUGAUACGCACAUUACUGUUGGCACAUUAGUUGAAGUGUUGCUAGACGACGAUACAAAAGCACUUGCAAUAGUCUCCGGAGUGCCGGAACAGUAUGAUGAUGUGCCAGGACUUUACGAGAUCGUCUUCUUUGAUGAUCAGUAUCAAUUGGCAUUGAAUGACAGGUUGAGGCUUGCACUCCCCAACGACUAUGUGGAAGUGUUGCUUGUAUGUGAAGACCACAAAAAUCUUCCACGCGGAUGGAUUCCAAUUCCGUUGGCUGAUGGUACUUGUUUCGUUGGACCCCAAGGAGAAGUUUGUGUCUCUGUGGAGGAAGUUCUCAAGCACUCAAGUUCAAGGGAUAAGUUUCCACCGGUUGGCGAUUGCACGAAAAUCAUACCAAAUGCUGAUAACGAAAUGAAACCUUCAACAUAUGAAGUUAAGGAUAGGGAAGUGUUGGACACACCAAAGGUUGUCACGGCAGAGAAUCUUUCGGACUCAACGUCGGAAACUACGCUUAUACCAACGCAGAAACCAGAACCCCCCCAGGUGCAUGUGGGUGUCUCAGGCUCAGGAACUUUGGAUGAUAACGUAACUUCCGCUGCAAGAUCCAGCAAAGAAAGCAGGGACGACACUGAGAGUUCAGAAAACUCUUCAAACAAAUCCACUGCUGCGACGAAAGCACCAGAAGGGACCAAGGAUGAUAGUCACGAGAAAAAUCAAGAUGCAACAGGAAUAGAAAAAGGUGGUGUGGAUAAGUCAGUAAUUCAGAAGGAAAAUCAUAGAUUGAAUCAAUCGCACAAUAUACAUGAAGGGGAAUCCAUUGGAUUGGAGACUCGACAAUCUGCCAGUAAGAAUCAAUCAGAGAGCAUGUCAAGGCGGAGCGACAGCAAUGUGGUGGAGUCCAACAAGCAUGCAUCAGAUCGGCAGGAUUCUUACGAAGGAUCUCAACGACCAGCCAAGAACUCAUCAUUGAAUCGCAAUAUGAAACGACGCUCGAACGAUGAGCGAGGGUCUGAUCCCAUGUUUUGCAUUGCAGAACUUGACGACAAAGAGCUCUCUCCGAUCAAAAACCCGGCAAGGAAUUCGAACGGUUCACAGACCCAUAGUAAUAACAGCUCAGACAAAUCAUCUCGCAAGAGUGAGGCUUCUUCGAAGAAAGGAAGGAAGGAGAAGCAAGAGAAUUCUAGUCAUGAGUCUGGGACUGUGAUUCCAUGGCCAGCAGUGGGAGAAGAGAUAGAGAUCCGCUCUGACACUAACGGACGAGCAUGGUGGGAUGCAGAGAUCUUGGCGAAGCGAACGAGGGACAACGGCAAAGUAGAAAUGCUGGUGAGAUUCAUCGGGUUCGAAGAGAUGGACGAAUGGGUUGUGCAGGGCAGCGCAGACAUGCGGCCGAGAUCGAAAGCGUUCUCAAACCAGGAGGAGUGCCAGCUAGAACGCAAAGUUGUGGCCUUGACCUCGUUCGGUCAGUGGUUUGACGGGACGAUUGAGGCGAUCAAGAGGAAGAGGAGCACCAACAAGAUGAUGUUCCAAGUGCGUUACGAUGAGCCUGAGGCUUGUCUUGAUAACAAUGGCAAGCCCGUCCACGUGGAGUGGCGGAGAAUGAGCAGCCUGCGGGAGCGAGGUGAUGAGGGCAAGUCCCCUGCGACAGACGCUCACAAGAAGCCAGCCGCAGACCCUCCGAGCAUGAGCAGCGUCAAGCCUUCCAGAGGCAAGUGA